CUAGAGGGGCCCGGGAAGCUGGGGUCACUUCCUGCUCCGUCCCAGUCACCCUGAACUGGUCCCCGGGUCCUCAGCCUGGAAUCACCCCUUGAGACGGACCCCGGAGUCCUAGGCGCCCAGCCCACCCCCUGACGCAGGGCACUCAAGGGGUUAAGGCCCCGGGGCUGCACCCUGCUUUCCGGCUUUUCCCAGCCCCCAGAGCCCGGUCCCCGGAUCCCUUCUGGUCCUGAGCUCUGGGAUGGAACCUGAAACGGCACUGUGGGGCCCGGCUCUGGAGGCUCCAGAAGAGACCACAAAUGAUGCUCACGGAGGUGCCGAGAGUGGGAACGAAGCGGAAAGCCCUGAGGAGAGUUCUGGGGAGGAGGUCAUCCUGGGAGAUCCAUCUAAGAGUCCAGAGUCCAAGGACAUAUCCGAGACGCCCCCGGAGAGCCCUUCCCAGGACCCCUCCGCCUCUCAGGAAUCCCCAGGCCCACUGGGUCCCUCCAACCCCUCAGACCACCAGACUGCAGCUCCUGAGGUAGUCCCUGCCCCGUCUGACUGGACCAAGGCCUGUGAGGCCAGUUGGCAGUGGGGGACCCUCCCCACCUGGAACAGCCCCCCGGAGGUCCCGGCCAGCGAGCCCAGCCUGCGGGAACUGGUGCAGGGUCGCCCCUCGGGAGCUGAGAAGCCCUACAUCUGCAAUGAGUGUGGCAAGAGCUUCAGCCAGUGGUCCAAGCUGCUGCGACACCAGCGCAUCCACACAGGUGAGCGACCCAACACCUGCUCGGAGUGCGGCAAGAGCUUCACACAGAGCUCGCACCUGGUGCAGCACCAGCGCACGCACACGGGCGAGAAGCCCUACAAGUGCCCCGACUGCGGCAAGUGCUUCAGCUGGAGCUCCAACCUGUGCUUCAGCUGGAGCUCCAACCUGGUGCAGCACCAGCGCACGCACACGGGCGAGAAGCCCUACAAGUGCACGGAGUGCGAGAAGGCCUUCACCCAGAGCACCAACCUCAUCAAGCACCAGCGCUCCCACACAGGCGAGAAGCCCUACAAGUGCAGCGAGUGCCGGCGGGCCUUCUACCGCAGCUCGGACCUCAUCCAGCACCAGGCCACACACACGGGGGAGAAGCCCUACAAGUGCCCCGAGUGUGGCAAGCGCUUUGGCCAGAACCACAAUCUCCUUAAGCAUCAGAAGAUCCAUGCAGGGGAGAAGCCCUACCGCUGCACGGAGUGUGGCAAGAGCUUCAUCCAGAGCUCGGAGCUGACGCAGCACCAGCGCACGCACACGGGCGAGAAGCCCUACGAGUGCCUCGAGUGCGGCAAGAGCUUCGGCCACAGCUCCACGCUCAUCAAGCACCAGCGCACCCACCUGCGCGAGGACCCCUUCAAGUGCCCUGUGUGCGGCAAGACCUUCACCCUGAGUGCCACGCUGCUGCGGCACCAGCGCACACACACGGGAGAGCGGCCUUACAAGUGCCCCGAGUGUGGCAAGAGCUUCAGCGUCAGCUCCAACCUCAUCAACCACCAGCGCAUCCACCGAGGCGAGCGGCCCUACAUCUGCGCCGACUGCGGCAAGAGCUUCAUUAUGAGCUCCACUCUCAUCCGCCACCAGCGCAUCCACACGGGCGAGAAGCCCUACAAGUGCUCCGACUGCGGCAAGAGCUUCAUCCGCAGCUCGCACCUCAUCCAGCACCGCCGCACGCACACGGGCGAGAAGCCCUACAAGUGCCCGGAGUGCGGCAAGAGCUUCAGCCAGAGCUCCAACCUCAUCACGCAUGUGCGCACGCACAUGGACGAGAACCUCUUCGUGUGCUCCGACUGUGGGAAGGCCUUCCUGGAGGCCCACGAGCUGGAGCAGCACCGCGUGGUCCAUGAGAGGGGCAAGACUCCUGCCCGCAGAGCGCAGGGUGAUUCUGUGCUGGGGCUCGGAGACCCCACCCUGUUGACUCCACCGCCAGGAGCCAAGCCGCACAAGUGUCUGGUCUGCGGCAAGGGCUUCAACGACGAGGGCAUCUUCAUGCAGCACCAGCGGAUCCACAUCGGAGAAAACCCCUACAAAAAUGCAGACGGUCGCAUCACACACCCAGCUCCCAAACCUCCUCAGUUCCGACCUCCAAGGCUCCCUUUUGGCGGGAAUUCCUACCCAGGUGCCAUAGAGGGCAAGGCCGACCACCCCGGCCAGUCCCUGAGGGCGGCAGAGGGGCAGGAGGGCUUCAGCCAAAGGCUGGGGCCGCUUUCCUCCAAGGCCUACAUUUGCUCCCACUGUGGAGAAAGCUUCCUGGAUCGUGCUGUGCUUGUCCAACAUCAGCUCACCCAUGGCAGUGAGAAGCCUUUUCUCUUCCCUGACUGUAGGACUGGCAUAGGGGAAGGGGCAGGGACAGGGGCAGGCCCCAGUCCUUUCUUAAGUGGAAAACCCUUUAAAUGCCCCGAAUGUAAAAAAAGCUUUGGUCUCAGCUCUGAGCUGCUGCAGCACCAGAAAGUCCAUGCAGGCAGGAAAUCCCAGAAGAGUUCUGAGCUGGGGAAGGGGUCUGAGCUAGGAAAGAGCUCUUCUGUCCUGCUGGAGCACCUCAGGAGCCCUCUGGGGGCCAGACCUUACAGCUGCACUGAUUGUGGGGCCUCCUUCCCAGAUCGGCUGGCUCUCGUCCGGCACCAGGAAUCCCACACCCAAGAAAAGUCCCCCAAAUCCAAGGACCCCCUGCCAGAGCCAGCCACCCUGUCUACAAGCCAGGAAGGUGAGGGAGAGGCCUCCAGCCCCACAGGAAGAGGCAGCCGCAGGGAAAGGGAAAGCCCCAAAAUCUCCUCAGAAGAAAAGCCCUACUUGUGCCCUGAGUGUGGAGACAGCUUCGCAGAAGUUGCAGCCCUCCUUCUCCACAGGAGUUGCCAUCCUGGCGUCUCCCUGUGAAGUGACUCUGGAGACCAGCAGCCUCUCUCUCCCGAGAGGAGUGCUGGAUCCCCCUAAAAAUGAUGUGGAGAAAGGAGAACAACGCUAUGAGACUGUAGAGAAGAGGAAGAUGAACCCUGGGGAAAAAUUUUACAUCAGUCAUGAGAAACCCUAUACAGUUAUUGGUGGGAACCACUUAAAAGGCGUAGAGAAAAACUGUUGAGUUAGAAACCUAUAAAUAUAUAGGACAAAAAAAUAAAAGCCCUUUAAGUCUGUAGCAGAAAAACCCUAUAAACCAUAGUGGAUAAAAGCCCUAUUAAUUGUAGGAAGAGGUCUCAGUAAGUCUCUAGGCAACCCCAUAACACUGCAUCAAAAUCCUUGUUGAACUCCUUAUCAAAAUUGUAGAGGGUCAGGAAGGGCAGGAAGUACAACAUGGCCUUGAAUCAGGAGGGCGAGCCUCAGGUGUGGGAAGCGCACCUUCCCAAGUGCCCUCCUGCAUGAGUAUGGGAGGGAGCCCCUCUCCUGGCAGUCCUGGACGGUUAUGCUGAGGAGAAUUCUCAGCUGAAGAAUAGUGUGGGAACAGGUGAAACUGGAAAAGGAAGAAAAAGAGGAGGAAAGUAAGCAGUGAGCUUUUGAACCCACAGAGAAAAGAGACUAGAAAGAGAAAUUCCAGCUUGUUGCACUGGGGGGUUCCUUGGGACACAAGACCAAUCUUAGAAGAGUACAUGUGAGGGAAUAGGCCCGUGGAAUCCAUCAUUACCAACAACCCAAAAAUGAAAAAUUAUGUCAAACCCUUUUAAAGGCUGAAGUGUGGGGUGGAUUUUUUUUUUUUUUUAAACCUUUUGAGUGUAAGAAUACUGAGAAAGUCACCACAAAAAUUAGAGGGGAUUUCCAUUAAAUUUGCUUUGAAGGAAGCAGACCAAGGGGGAGAAACUGUUCCAGUGGAACCCAGUAACUUGAGGCCAGUUUCUCCUCUUUCCCGGACCUUAAACUGCAAGUACAAGCAAAUCCAGCUCAGGCCACCAGGCAGGACCCCCCUUUCCCCAGCCUAGCUGGAGACAUCUAUUUUAAGAGGCCUCCAGAUUGGGGGGGGGGGCUCUGCCACAUUCUCAGGUCUCAUGGUCAGGUUUUUUCCUGAAAUCUAACUGCCACCAGUUUUGCUGCUGUGGCAACCCAUUUCCUCAAAUUCUGUCCUCGGUGAAGAGGGAGAACCGCUGCUAGUCAACCUCCAAAGAAUAAAUUCCUUCAGAGACUCAAGGCUUGUGUGUGGUUGUCCUCCCUAGACUCCGAGUGAAAGCCGUUUCUGCAAGAUGACAGCACACAAAGCUUGGAUUAGCCAGCAGCCUGCUUUCAACCUCAGCUUUUCCUGUACGCUGGACCACAGAUCCCUGAAGAGUCCACGGAAGCCUGACCACCUUCCUCACCUUGGUAUCUGGAACUCUGAGGUGGGAUGACCAGCCUGACCUUGGCCUUGGGAAGGGACAGUUUCUACGUUCCCCUCCUUAGCCAGAAGCCUUCUGAGGG